AUGUACACAAGUUAUGAGAAAAAUCAACCUAAUGAGCCCUUAAAUUACAUUGUUGAUAGUCUUGAGAAUAACUAAACUCAAUAUUCUUAAUAAUUUUCAGUUGAAUCAAUUGAAAGUAAUCCAUAUGUUAAUUAAAUAUAAGAUGAUCAAAAAUUUAAGGAUUCUUUAAAAAGAGCUGAUUACAUAAGUAGUGUUUAUGCAGCGUUGGUUAUUGAGAAUUUUAUUAUCCUUGCAGUUAUUCUUCUUGGUCUUUAUUCUUAAUUACAAUUUGGUUUAAUUACCAAAAAUUCUAAUAUUAAAGACUAUUGCUAUUGUGAAACUUAAAAGGCUUAAGAGUGUGAUAAUGGAUGCCUUAUUUCUCAGAAAGAUAAUUAUGAGAUUAUACCAACCUCUUUGUUCUAUAUUUUUUUAAUUAUUGGAGCAAUUCUAUAAAUUUGGUUGAAUUAUGGAAUAAUAUAUAUAUUAAAAAAGUAAAAUUAUUAUAAUUAUUAUAUUAGCAAUUUUGGGUUUCAUAAUUAGUGUUAUUAAUUAUAACGUUUUCUUGUUAUGCAUUAAUGAUCUAAACCAUUUGCAUAUUGAUUACCUAUAAUUUUGGAAUUGCCUUGAUUUAAUUGGAUGGGUAAAUGCAUUUGUGAUUAUUUCAUGUUAUGCUUUCUAUACAAUGAAAACUAAAAGUGAAAUCAAUUAUGGAAGUAUAAUUCAUUCUUAAAAGUUAAGUCGAGCACUAUUUAUAUUCACUCCAACUCUUUUAUUCUUGAUAGCGUUUAGUACAAUGGCGAAAUAUUGA